ACAUAUAUUUCCUUCCAACUCCAAAUUUAUAUCCGAUAAUAAGAAGUCCACAAAUUUCUUCUAAGAUAUAGGGGGGAAAAAUACAAAACAGUAAACUAGGACGACUUGAUAAAAAAUACAUAUUAACUAAUUAUCUCUAAUGUUAUGAUCAACAAAUACCAUAAAGAUUACUUUAAAAUAAUGAAUUAGCUAUUUUAGAAAACCUCAAAUUAUUUUAAAACAUGAAAAAAUAGAUCAACAUAAAAUAAAAUUCAUCCGACCAACAAGUCAAGUAAAUAUUUUAAAUAUAAUUACAUAUUAACCAAUGUAAAAGAUAAAAAAAACUCAUUCGGUCAAAGACCGAGUAAAAUCUAGUUAAUAUAAAAGAUCAAAUCUACCAAACAAUUGAUUUGUUAGACCCCAUAGUAAACCAUGUUAAAAUCUUGGAAUUCAUUAUGAGACAACAUUAUUUUUAUGUAACGUGGAGGUGGAAUCUUAUGUCCUCCAUCUGCGGUUACUAAUAUAUCAAUUUAUUUCGCGGGAGUGCUUCAUGAUGGUUUCGAGUUACGUAAAAUAAGUAACCUUCAUCAGAAUUUUUAGGGUUGGUUAACCUCGCCAAACCAGGGCGUCCAAAAUGCAAUCGCAUCGCAGCAGACACUCAAUCCAACAAAAACUCCUCUUCCCCACUCUACGAGGCUACGACCACUCCUACUUCAUUCAUAGUUAAUGGAACCCUUAGCCUAUCAAUUCGCCCGUAUCAGAUAGAUAGAUGUGACAGACAGAUUCUGAGAUCAGAAAACGGAACCCUUUUUGUUUGUUUAUCUCUUCUCCGAAAGGGGGAACAAAAAAAAUCGAGAUGGGUCGGCUGUUCACGGUGGGGCUGAUAUCGGUAUGGUACUCGUCCAACAUCGGAGUGAUCAUACUGAACAAGUACCUGCUCAGCAACUACGGAUUCCGGUACCCGAUUUUCCUGACGCUCUGCCACAUGCUGGCCUGUUCGUUGCUGAGCUACGCCUCCAUCACGUGGCUCAAGAUCGUCCCACUCCAGACCAUCCGCUCCGGCCAGCAAUUGCUCAAGAUAUCGGCUCUGGGUCUCAUCUUCUGCUCCUCCAUUGUCGCCGGUAACGUCUCACUCAAGUACCUCCCGGUGUCGUUCAACCAGGCAAUCGGAGCCACCACCCCGUUUUUCACCGCCGUCUUCGCCUACUUGAUGACCCUCAAGAAGGAAGGCUUCCUCACUUACGCCGCCCUAGUGCCUGUCGUCUCAGGUGUCGUCGUCGCCAGCGGGGGGGAGCCGAGCUUUCAUCUGUUUGGGUUCAUAAUGUGCGUCGGAGCAACGGCUGCCAGGGCUCUCAAGACGGUGCUUCAGGGGAUUUUGCUGUCUUCUGAAGGGGAAAAGCUGCACUCGAUGAACCUGCUGAUGUACAUGGCACCAGUGGCAGUUGCCUUCCUUCUCCCGACGGCGCUCAUUAUGGAAAAAGAUGUGGUUGGGAUCACAAUUGCACUUGCCAAGGAUGACAAGAGGUUCCUAUUUUACCUGCUCUUCAAUGCUUCGCUUUCCUACUUGGUCAACCUGACCAAUUUCCUCGUCACCAAACACACCAGCGCCUUGACUCUCCAGGUGCUGGGAAAUGCAAAGGGUGCAGUGGCUGUAGUGCUGUCCAUUUUGAUAUUCAGGAACCCGGUGUCGUUCACCGGAAUGCUUGGCUACAGUGUCACUGUAACUGGGGUCAUCCUCUACAAUGAGGCCAAGAAAAGGAGCAAAUAGCAAGUCUUUAGUCGUUUACAUUGCCACCAUCACACAGACACAACAAGGAAACUAGCGCAAGAGAAUACUAGCUUUGUUUGUAGAGCAGGGUGGAAGGAAAACCCACCGGGAAGUCCUUCUGUAGUAGACUAGUAGUAGUAGAUGCCAACGUUGGCAUUCAUUUAUAUUUAACAGGAAGAACACUUGAUACCCAUCUUGAUAUCAAAUGGGAAGCAGAAUUAGGCAAUUUCAGAUUUUCUUCUUCGCUAUGGACAUGAUAAUAAUUUUUCUGCUGGGUUUACACUUUCUGUAAAUUAAGUGAUUGCAAGCAGCCGCAAUUCACUUUUUACCCAAAAUAAGGCGUCAUUAGAUUA